GCUCUGGCCCAGGUUGCAGCCAUGCCUCUCCUGGAAGAGACCACUCUGCCACAAGAGCACCCACCCGCCGUCCCUGUUGUCAUUAUAGGCAACGGGCCAUCGGGUAUUUGUCUGUCCUACCUGCUGAGUGGAUACAAACCCUACCUAGAUACAGCAACUGUGCACCCAAACCCAAUACUGUACAGGAAACUGCAGGAGACCAAGCACCUACCCAUCACUGAACAGGAUCUGGAGUAUUUGAGUGAAGGUCUUGAGGGGAGGUCAGGGAAUCCAGUGGCUGUGCUUUUUGACACACUGCUGCACCCCAAUGCUGACUAUGGCUAUGAGUUCCCUCCUGUCAUUCAGUGGAGGAGGGACAAGCAGCAACACCUCCCACACCUGGUGCUGGGGAGGGCAACACCUGGAGGAGCCUGGCAUGCAAUGGAAGGCUCCAUGUUGACUAUUAGUCUUGGCAUCUGGAUGGAGCUUCCCGGAGUCAACUACAGAGACUUGACCGAUGGGAAACGCAGGGAUGUAACCAGUGACAGAGCAACCCCAGAGGAGAUCUCAUCCUAUUACCGUAACUAUGUGCAGCUAAAGGGCCUCCAAAAGAAUUUUGUUGACAACACCUAUGUGACCUCCGUCCAGAAACUCAGCCGGGGGCAUGAUGGGCAAACUGAUGAAGGCGAUGUGCAGGUGGGAGAUGGUAGAAAUGAGGGCUUUGAGGGUAUUGGAGUUGAGUGUGUAGACGAUGGAGGAGGGGGGGUUCUCUGGGAAGUAAGGGGAUACCAGCAGGUGCAGAACGACACUCAUGUACCCUUCUGUCUAUUUGCUGAGAAUGUGGUUCUUGCCACUGGUGCAUCAGAUUCACCCAUUCGAUUAGGUCUAGAGGGGGAGGAUCUUCCAUUUGUGUUCCACAGUAUCUCAGACCUGGGGUUGGCUGUAGGCCGGAGAAAGCUGGAUAUGAACUCUGAUCCGGUUUUAAUUGUAGGUGCCGGCUUAAGUGCUGCAGAUGCAGUUCUGUGCGCUUGCAACAGCAACAUUCGGGUGCUGCAUGUCUUUCGCAAGAGCGUAGAUGACCCAGAUCUCAUUUUCAAACAGUUGCCCAAGACCCUGUACCCAGAGUACCACAAAGUUUACAACAUGAUGUGCUCUCAGACCUACACAAAUGCGGCCACCUCCUCUGCUCCUAACAUACCCCAGGCAGUUAGCAUUGCCUCUUCGGUAUGUGCCAAGAUGUGCCCAAAGCCCCAGCUGGCCACAGGUUAUAUGGCUGGUAACGCCAGUGUCGGCUUGUUUCCCGACUACACUAGUUUCCCAGAACACUGCGUGGUGUCCCUCCAGUCUGACAUGAAGUGUUUGCUGCAGGGGAUAAACUCCCUCAAGGCAUUCAAGAUCUCCAUGGUCCUGGUGCUGAUCGGGACCAACCCCAACUUGUUUUUUUUGAAGGGGCAAGGCCAGUACCUGGGUCAGGAUCCAACAAAACCCAUCUCUUGCAAGCAGAACACCAUUGACAUCCACCCAUACACGUUUGAGUGUACCAAGGAACCAGGUCUAUUUGCCAUGGGGCCGCUGGUGGGAGACAACUUUGUUCGCUUUUUGAAGGGGGGCGCUCUUGGCAUCGCCUCCUGUCUGCUGAAGAGACUCAAGAAGAAAGGAAAGCUCAUCAGCAGUGGAGGAAACAACUUCAUCUGAAAACCUGAUGGAGAAGAGAGUAGUACACGUUGGUUGUAGGGCACAGAUUUUGAGUGCUUUUAGCAACCAAUGUAAAAUGUGUGUGGGAGUUUUAAUAUGCUCUGAUCAUUCAUGCAGUAUUUUCUCAUCAAAGCUUAAACAUCUUAGAACUUACAGAGACCAAAAAGACAGUGGAUGUACACCAAUUAGUUUCUAAAGAAACACUAGACCGCUUUCAAGAGUCUUGUCUGACUUCACAAGAAGUCUAAGCUACCGUGUUCCAAUGUUUUCUAGUCAAUCUGUAACCUCACAACUCAAUGGGACCUUAUAUUCAUCAGGUUUAUUUAUCUGUUCACCAUGUGUCUUUCAAUCCAUUUAUUUACUAACUUUACUUGACUUAAAUCCUGUUUUUAUAAAGAAUAUAUACAAACACUAACUUGUAGAAGUGACUUCUCUAAAAGCAAACUGUGGUCCUGCUUUACAAACCUGCAAUGAUCUGAAUUCUACGCAACAUAUCCAAGAGUGGUGACUGUUUGCAGAGGUUUAUUACAGAAAAUGUGAACAGACCAGUUCAUGGCCGGGCAAAUUUAACGUUCCUGUUAAUUCUGAGCCAACCACAUUUAAAAAAAAUCCAGAUAUUGUUCUGCUGUUGUAGGAGCUAGUGUAGUUGGAGCUCUACCUAAAACAAAGUUGGAAAUGUCUAAUAUACAUUUUUUUUUACAUUACAUGUCAUUUAGCUGCUUUAUCCAAAGCAACUUCCAUUACUGCAUUCAUUACCUCUGAGGGGCCAUUCGGGGCUCAGCAUCUUGACCACAGACACUUCGGAGUGAGCUGGGAUUCGGGGCCCCGACCUUCUGUCUGGAGGUUGACCACUCUUCCCCCUCAGCCACAGCCGCCCAUAAAUCUAUAAAUCUGACCUGUUGCUUUGAUGACGCUAUGCAAGUAAAUUUCUCUUGUAGAUUGUAUUCUUGGGCAACAUUUACUGUGUCCCAGUAAAAGUUAUGGUCAUUAAAGGAUCAUUCGGGUGUUUCCAUUUCUUUUAUUUUUAUUUCCUGCAGUAUGAAACUCUCAUCAUUCCACUCCCUAUAGAACAGUGAACAUUUAUGCAGUAGUUAUAUUUGUAUAGAGAUUUGUUCAGGCAACAGCAAACUUCAUAGGACAUGAGACCUAUGAAGUACAAAGUAUUUUCCAUUAAUAAUAAUGACUUACAUUUUUCUGAAUGCGUCUGCACCCUUUUACAUUUUUUUAAUCACAAUUUGUUUUAAAUUUAAAGUUAUCCCUGUAUUAUUUAAACUACAUCUUCAAACUAAUAAAUUAACUUAUUACUGAACCUCUAUCUUUUUACUUAGGGUUCAUUUAUUAAGUGCCAAAUAUCAGUUUCAAACGGUUCUGAACGGUAACAUUAGCAGCAUAGUUUUUUGCUGCUACAUUUAGAUUCCUUUCAUUUACUUAAACUCUGAAUAUAAGUGUGAUGCCAUAUGAAGAAUAUUUUGUGUGCCACUGACGCACAGCUCAAGGUUGGUUUAUGGUGAUGGGCACUUUGAUCCCUGGAGGGAUUUCAUUCUUUCGCCCCUUUCAUUAAAAAACAUUAGUCUGAGUCACUGUUAAACAUUAGUAAAUAAUGCACAUAGUCACAUGAUCUUUUCCAUUAACAACGAUGUUGUUUAACACCUUACUAUUUAAGUUUCGGUUAUCAUAGAGCAGUUGACUAGUUUCACAUGGUACUUGUGCUAAAUACUGAAUUACAGCUGUAUUAUUUCUUGAUGCAAUUUUCACUGGUUUCUGAAAAGUGUUUUGACAUAAAUAUUAAAUUUAAGCUUGCAGGCACAAACGCCUGCUGAGCAGCAGCUGCUUGGGGGCAGAAGCUAGAGGCCAGAUGUGAUAAGAAUUUUAGCCAGUGCAUUAAAACAGGACUACAGACGAGACUGGGUGACUCAA